CUGAUUUGUUUACAUAUUACAAUCAAUUUUUCAGACCAUACACUUUCUUUUUCCACCUAUAAAAUCCCAUCAUUAUUUCAAAACUCAAUUAUUAUUAUUUCCACUAAAUGAACAAAAUGAGGCACUUUUCGUUUAUCUUGCUAGUGCUAUGUUCUUUCAUUACUUCACUAUUUGCAAACAUUACUACGUCUACUCAUCAAAGUGUACAAACUUCCCUUAGAAACAAAGGGCGAUCAAGAAUUACAAUGCAAAUUGAAGCUAUAUACCAAUUCGGAGACUCCCUUUCUGAUACCGGAAACUUAGUCCGAGAGACAACCAGAGUGAAACCCGCUUUUGCAAGGCUUCCUUAUGGCCAAACGUUUUUCCACCGGCCUACGGGCCGGUGUUCGGACGGGCUUCUUAUGGUGGAUUAUUUUGCUAUGUACUUCCACCUACCAUUCUUAAACCCAUAUCUUGCAAAAGGGAGUGACUUCACCAAGGGCGCCAACUUUGCAGUGGCCGGGGCGACUGCUCUUGAUGCCUCUGUUUUGGCUGCACAAAACAUAUCUGGUCCUGUUACGGAAAACUCUUUGCGCAUACAACUUCAAUGGUUUAGGUCUCUAUUACAUACUACGUUCUCUAAUCCAAGAGAAAUUAAAAGAAAACUUGAAAAUGCACUGGUCUUAAUGGGAGAAAUUGGAGGCAAUGACUACAACUUGGCUUUCUUUCAAGGCAAAACCUUGGAACAAGUUUACCAACUUGUCCCAAACGUCGUCCAAACCAUUAAAUAUGCAGUUCAGGAAGUGAUUUGGCUUGGGGCUACAAACAUUGUGGUACCAGGAAACUUCCCAAUUGGUUGUGUUCCACUUUAUUUGGUUAGAUUUGAAACCAAUGAUAAAUCAAAAUAUGAUGAACUACAAUGCCUAAAAGACUACAAUGACUUCUCAAAGUACCACAAUGAGCUACUAAUUAGAGCAAUUCAAGAGUUGCAACAAGAGCACCCUAAUGUUGCCAUUGUUUAUGGAGAUUAUUACUAUGCCUUGACAUGGGUCAUUAAGCAUGCUCCUCGGUUAGGUUUCGAACGAGGUGGAUCAACUAAAGUUUGUUGUGCAAUUGGUAACAAUCCUUACAAUUAUGACCUAAAAAAGAGUUGUGGAAGCCCUGGAGUCCCAAUUUGUGAAGAUCCUAGUAAGAGAAUAAGUUGGGAUGGAAUUCAUAUGACUCAAGAAGGAAACAAAAAUGUAGCUAUAUGGUUAUUAAAAAAUUCUUUACCUACACUUAGAACACAUUUUCAUCCUUAAAAUAGAAAUUUUAUUAUUAUAUAAGAAAAAUAUAAAAUUAAGAAUUAUAUAUAUAUAUAUAUAUAUAUAUAUAU